GGACAGCAACAGAUGUACAAGCUGGACAUAGGCUGGCCUAAAAUUCCAGAAUACUUCACUGGCCAAACAUUUUGUGUUGCUGUUGACUCUCUUCAUGGUUUGGUCUAUGUGGGACAAAGGGGAGACAAUGUGCCAAAGGUACUUGUAUUCUCAGAGGAAGGCUACUUCCUUUACUCCUGGAAUGAUACAGUUGAAAUGCCUCAUGGUAUUUUUGUAUUGAACACCGCAACAGAUAGUUCAAUAUGGAUCACAGAUGUUGGAACAGGGAAAUAUGGGCACACUGUGAAGCAGUAUAGCCCUUCAGGUAAACUUAUGCAGAUCUUGGGCACGCCAGGUAAUGCUGGUUCAAGUUUGAUUCCCCUACAAUUUGAUCAACCAGCAGACAUCUUUGUAGAAGAAAGUGGAGAUAUUUAUGUUGUGGAUGGAGAUGGAGGAAUGAAUAACAGAUUGCUCAAACUAUCUGACGACUACAGAGAGAUAUGGCUGGCUGGAGCAAAUGGGACCGGCAUUGGUCAAUUCAAGAUUCCUCACAGUGUAACAGUGGAUCCUGUUGGACGGGUAUGGGUUGCAGACAGAGACAACAAAAGAAUCCAAGUUUUUGACAAAGUCACAGGGGAAUGGCUUGGGUCUUGGAGCAGCUGUUUUGCAGAAGAUGGACCCUAUUCUGUCAGGUUUACUGCAGAUUACAAAUACCUAAUUGUAGCUCAGAUGAAUAUCAACCGACUAGCAAUCUUGGCAGCACCACUGGUUGGCUCUAUUGGGGACUGUGUUAUGGUCCAAACAAUCCAGCUGGCAGAUGAAACCAAACCACACCUUGUGGAUGUAGACAUGAAGAGUGGUGCAGUCUAUGUCGCAGAGAUUGGAGCCCAGCAAGUACAAAGAUACGUACCCUUAAGCUGA